AUGGAAAAUGUGGAGCCAAUUUUCAUCUCAGCAGGGUUUUCUUAUGUUCAUAUUGAAAAUGCAGUUUUGUUGUAUUCUAUUGGCUUGGAUAUAACUAGCCAUACUAUUCCAACCCAUCAAUCCAGAAUCACAGAAGAGGCGUAUGGUCAGACCAGCUCACCUGUUUGGGAAGAAGCCCCAAUGUCUGACAAUGAUAAUGUUUUGGUUGAGAAUGAAGAGAUUCACAACAGUGAAAGCAAUAGUGAUGAGAGUGGUAAUGAUGAGGAGAGUAGUGGUGAUGAUGAAAGCAGUAAUAGCAAAGAAAGCAAAGAAGAUGAUGAAGAUGUUGUUGAGAUUGAAGUCGAGGAAUUUGUUGAUGAAGAUCCUUUUGCAACCCCCAAUAUUCCAGAGAACUCAGUGCACAGGUUCAUUGCUACAUUUGUGGUAAUGUUUGCUUCCCGCUAUGUGGUCAACAAGAGUGCUGUUGUCUUGAUUGAGUUCAUCAACAAACUCUUGACGAUUUACGAGCAGGAUUUCUAA